AUGCUAAAACGCUUUACCGCCCUUUUGUCUGCUUUUUUCCUCGUUCUUUCCUUAUACGUCAGGCAGGACUUGUUAGAUUUUCUUUUAUCACUAGAAAAAAACUGUCAGCUUGAAAAAGAAACUACUGCUUCUAUCCCCAAAAAAUUCAGUCUGUGUAGUCUGUCACUUCCAUUUGGCCCGAAACACCUUACAACCUCUUGGAUCAGAAGCAAAAUGUCGAGCCGUAAAGCUAAAGGAAAGACAACAAAAAAGAGGGCACAACGUGCUACCUCAAAUGUGUUUGCUAUGUUUGAUCAAGCACAAAUUCAGGAAUUCAAAGAAGCAUUUAAUAUGAUAGAUCAAACUAAGGAUGGACUUAUUGAUAAAGAAGACUUGCACGAGAUGCUCGGUUCCUUAGGUAAAGAUCCUACUGAGGCAUAUCUAAAUGAUAUGGUAAAUGCUGCUCCUGGACCCAUCAACUUUACAAUGUUCCUUACCAUGUUUGGAGAAAAGCUGAAUGGGACAGACCCUGAAGAUGUUAUAAGGAAUGCAUUUGCAUGUUUUGAUGAAGAUGGAACAGGUUUUAUUCAUGAAGACAGACUACGAGAGCUGCUGACGACAAUGGGUGACCGAUUCUCUGAUGAGGAUGUGGAUGAAAUAUUUAGGGAAGCACCUAUUAAAAAUGGUAACUUUGAUUAUGUUGAAUUCACCCGGAUCCUCAAACAUGGAAAGAAGGACAAAGAUGAUGACUGA